UUUAUGUAUUUGAGUGAACGGACCCUUUAACAAGGAACAGGACUUUUAUUUUGAAGGCGAGAGUUUGCAGCUGUGCUGAGUAUAAACACUGCUGGGCUAACAUCAGGUCUUGAGCCAUGUCAGUGUGUUCAGCCCUACUGAACUGCCGGAUAGCUGGAGGCUGCUGCAGGGUGUGGCGUGGUGUUCCUCGACCGCGCAUCCACAUCAGAUCAGCCAGUGUAGCAGAGUCGGGCACAAGAAGAUCUGAUGAAGAACAACUCUGGGAGGCAGAAGGCAAUUUGCCGUUCUCCAGAGCCAAGAUAGGACCUUUCUUUCAGGAGAGGCCACUGCUGAAGAACCCAUUUCUAGAGGAUGCCUUGCUCAGGGGAUACCUGAGGAGACACCUGCCCCAGGAGGCAGCUUUCACUGACUUGUGUGCAUUUGGAGAGCGUGUGGCAAAUGAGGUGGACGGGUGGGGCCGAGAGUGUGAGGCUACCCCUCCACGGUUGGUGCACUUUGACCCCUGGGGUCGCAGAGUGGACCACAUCGUGACCUCCCCGACCUGGAAACGCAUGAAGGAACUGUCAGCACAGGAAGGACUGGUUGCCAUUGGUUAUGAGAGGCCAUGUGGGGAGUGGAGUCGUGUUUACCAAAUGAGCAAGUUGUACAUCUUCUCUCCCUCCUCUGGUCUCUACACGUGUCCUCUGGCCAUGACUGAUGGAGCUGCUAAAGUCAUCCAGUCCAUAGAUGCUUCGUGGCUAGUAGAUGAGGCCUACAGUCGCUUGACCACCCGUCAGCCUGAACGUUUCUGGACGUCUGGACAGUGGAUGACAGAAAGACAGGGAGGAUCUGACGUGGCCAGCGGCACAGAGACGGUGGCCGUCCCCCAAACAGAUGGUUCAUACAAACUACACGGCUUCAAGUGGUUCACCUCUGCUACAGAUGCAGACAUGACUCUCACACUGGCGAGAAUUCAGGACAGAACAGGAGCAACCACUCCAGGUAGCAGGGGUUUGUCUUUGUUCUACGCAGAGGUGAGUAGAGAUGAGGAAGGCCAGCUAAAGGGUAUAGAGGUUCAGAGACUGAAGGACAAACUGGGCACAAGACAGAUGCCGACUGCUGAGUUACUGCUGGAUGGCCUGCCGGCACAUAGGCUCUCAGAGGAAGGGAGAGGUGUGGCCUCCAUAGCUAACAUGCUAACUAUAACCCGGAUCCACAAUAGCGUCUCUGCAGUAGCCGCAAUGAGAAGGGUUGUCCAGUUAGCUCGUGACUACGCCACUCGCCGGACUGCCUUUGGAAAGCUUCUUAAAGAGCACCCACUGCACAUGCAGACUCUCGCUAGGAUGGAGGUGGAGACACGUGGAGCGUUCCUUCUGGUGAUGGAUGUGUGUCGUCUGUUGGGCCGAGAGGAAAGCGGCAUGGCGAGCCAGCUCGAUACACACCUGUUACGUCUGCUCACUCCUGUGGUCAAACUGUACACUGGGAAGCAGGCCGUGGCUGUGGUGUCUGAGGGUUUGGAAAGCUUCGGGGGACAGGGAUACAUUGAGGAUACCGGUUUGCCUGGACUACUUCGUGAUGCACAGGUGUUAAGUAUAUGGGAAGGUACAACAAAUGUUUUGUCUCUGGAUGUUCUGCGUUCUGUGGCUCGCAGCUCAGGAAUGGUUCUUCACGCUUACUUCACCCAUACCAAGUCCCUGCUUGCAAGUGCAUCAAGUGUUUCUUCAUUGGCCUCAGCAGUCAAAGCAGUAGAUGCUGCUCUCUCUGAACUAGAGCACUUUGUUCAGGUAGCAGCUACCAGAGCACCCGGCUCUCUGGAAUUAGCAGCCAGAGACCUGGCAUACAGCCUGGCUCGCAUCUACAUGGGUGCUCUUCUCAUUGACCAUGCGUGUUGGAAAGGAGCCUCUCCAUCUGACACCUAUGCAGCUGUGAGGUGGUGUGAACAAGACUUGUGUCCUGUGGUGACUAAACAAGCGAGAGGCUGCUAUGAUCCUAGUACUCCACCACUCGAUGCCGUGCUAGUGUAUGACCGGCCGAUCCAAGGCUGAAUGUUCAUUGAUAACAGAUGAAUGUUAACUGAUAACGGGUGAAUCUGUCACUUAAUCUGCAAUUGCUGUGCCUCACUUUAAUUCUGUGGCAGAAUUUGUAUUGUAGAUGACUGAGUCCAUAUUUUAUAACAAUAAUUAAAAACCCACUUCUGUAAAAACACACACAACUGCACUGUAAAUUAAGUGUCUAAUGCAGUGUAGUUCUGUCUGUGGGAAGCAUUUGUGAUUUGGUAUUUUUGAUAUUUACAUCUGUAUGUGAAGUAUCUGAAUUUUUUGUGUGCAAUAAAUAUGAAACUAUAGAUUUGGA